AUGGGAAACCAUCCGGGCGGCGUGGUGGGAGCGCUCGCCCUGGCAGGCUCUCCCGGCCUUUUCGCAACGCAGCCGGAGCAACGCAGGCGCUCAUCUGCGCGAGUCGCCGACACCUUCUCAGGAGGCGGCGCGGGAGAAGGGAAGAAAGAGGCGGCUCUUCUUGCGCUCGAUCGCCACCAGUUUUACCAGUUGAUUCAACAGCUCGACCUCGAACCUCGCAUGCUUCGAACUGUGGAGGCGAUGAGGGCCAACGAACGCGGCGAGACGCGUCCGAACGGAAGCCGCGCAGGCGCCGCCUCUGGGAAACCGCCCUGUGCGCACAUUGUGGUCAAGCGCGUGAACGCGAAAACGAAGGAGGCGUGUCCGACCUGCGAGAAAAGAAAAGUCGAGGUCGUGCUUCUCAAACAGGACGCAGACCUCUUUCAGAGAGAAUUUGCGCGUCUCGAGGCGCUCCUGCCGCUGGCUUCGUCCCCUAGAAUUCGGAACCUUUACAGCAACUUCCAAACCUUCACAUCGGCGGAAAGCACUCACCGGACACCCUUAGGGAGCGCCCUGGAGACAGGUGUCUCCUCGCCCUAUCCGCGGCGAGAACCGAGGGAGACAGACUCGCGAUGCUCCACCUGCAAGGCAACAGAGGAGGCGUGUGCCGUCGCACACGUGGAGGCGUGCCGCGCGUGCUACAAGUUCGAAGGCCUUUGUACAUUCGUCGAUGUCCACCGAACCUUGCUCGCGCAAGUCUUCCAAAAUUCAACACCCUCUGAAGGCAAAGCGCAGGCGGUUUUUCUCAGAGACGACAGGCCAGAGGAAGGAGACACUCAGGGGACAGAUGCAAGAGCGAAGGGGCGACCCUCCACGCGAGCGCUCGUCCCUCCGCUGCAUCGGGGUGUCCGUGUGGCAGCGAGUGCUUCCUCUUGCGUCACGGCUUCCUCUGCACGAAAACAGGCCGCAGGAUUGUGUUCGAGUCUUAACGCUUUUGCGUGCACGCCGACAGCUCUCAGCCGUUCGUAUCCGCCGGCGCAGAACCACGCCCAUGGAAGCGGGUUGCAAGAGGCUCGGCCGGACUCGCCUUUUCCGCGGAGUCUUCGGUCUUCUCCGGCUGAGGCGUGUGCGCGUCUCCACGCGGUCAGUGCGCCCCGACCUGUCUCGCACGCCAUGCCGCGCUCGCCUGUGUCUUCGCUCUCGAGACCCGCGGCUCUCGGGCGCAGUCUGAGUCAACCCCGUGCCGUUGGAGGCCACGGACAGUCACCUGCGCUGCGGAACGCUCUACGUGACUUUCCUUCCCCGUUUGGUUCAUUCUCUGCGCUGCGCCAUGCGGCGAAAUCCAAGGCCCGCGAAGGGAGAGUUCUCUUGCACGGCGGUCCAAUGCGGGACAUUCCCAGCCGAUAA